UAUCUAAAAUUUGAAUUUUUUUCCUUCAAAAAGUACUUGAAAAACACUCGUAUAAGCUCGAUAUUUUAUAGAUUUCUUUCGUUUUCAAGCAUCUCAGGAUAAGCACCGUGUAAUAAAAUACCUGCACCAUGAAUAUGAAAGAUACUCAAGUAAGAAUCGGAUUUAUUGGAGCCGGAAAUAUGGCUCAAGCUAUCGGAUUCACUUUGAUAGAUAAAGGUCUAAUAGAACCAUCGCAGAUCAAUGUAUCAGCUCCUUCUAAGAGAAAUUUCAAAAAAUGGGACGAAUCAGGAGUGAAUACAAUGCACGAUAAUGGUCAACUUAUAUUAAACAGCGAUAUUAUCUUCUUGGCGAUGAAACCUCAAUACAUAGAUCAUGCUUUGAAAGAUUUGCAUAUUUCCGCUGACCAAUGGACCUUUAGUAAAUUGGUUGUAUCAGUAAUUGCCGGAUUUUCAUUGGAAACGUUACACGAAAAAUUACGACCAGUAUUAUUCGACUAUCGUUUAAUAAAAGCAAUACCAAAUACAGCUCUACUCGUUGGUGCAGGUUUCACUGCGAUAUGUCCUGAUCCUGGUGCGACCGAAGAUGAUAUAGAGUUGAUAACAAAAAUCAUGUCAGCCGGUGGUUCUUAUGAAAUUGUUCCUGAGCACUUGAUGCAUGCCAUGAGUGCUCUUUCUGGAAGUGGAAUCGCAUACCUUUUCAACGUAAUCGAAGCGUUAUCCGAUGGCGCUGUUAAACAAGGAAUACCUCGUAGUUUAUCGUACAAAGUUGCAGCACAAACAGUAAUAGGAGCCGCACAAAUGGUCUUACAAACCGGAGAACAUCCUGCUGUUCUGAAAGAUAACGUAUGUUCUCCUGGUGGAAUGACGAUUUGUGGAGUACAUGCGUUGGAACAAGGUGGUCUUAGGGCCUCUUUGAUAAACGCACUCGAAGCAAGUACUCAUAAAUCAAUGGAUAUGAACAAGAAAAAAUAACUCUACCGAGUACUUCGUUCCUGCAUAAAUGUUACCUCAGACUUCAGUAUCUUUAGAUAUGAAAUACGAGUAUUCCUGUGCUUGUUACUAUCAUGUUAUAAUUUCGUUCAAAUUUACAUUACAAUAAUUCAUAUUUACAUUUCAACUUCA